UCGAGCAAACGUUUUACUUUGCAGGGUUGGUCACUGUUACUUCCGGUGUGGGGUGAUCGGCAAAAUGAGGAUAAGGAAACGAGGACUUCCUGGUCUAUAAAGAGGCACCGGUUCUGUCAGUUCCUCCAAACUCGUCAAGUCACAGACCAGCCGAAUACAAAAAAACCGUCAAAGAAGACCGGGAAACUCUAAUCCUUCUGUUCUAACACACGGACGUUGUCGCUGCCAUGGCAUCUACUCAGAGAUUCGACCGUCGUGGCAAGGCCACUGAGCUCCUUAGCAAGAUUGAGAACUUUGAACGUCGUGAUCAGAUUGAAGAUCUGCUCGACAAGCUCGAAAUCAACGACGGCAACCGCAACCGCCAGCAGAAGUCUACUUUCCGUGACACGCGCACCGUGUCAAUGCCUGUUGAUGUCGUUGCCGAGCUCUUAUUAGCCUUCGCCGGGCGUGAUGGCCUUAAAGGCGAUCGAGACACGUUCGAGCGAUUCGAGGGCAGGCGGGACCACUACGAAGACUAUACCGGUCGCGACCGUACAGGUCUUCUUCGCCAGUUACUUGAAAUGACAUUGGACGACGAUCAGUUCUCCGGCCACCGAAACAAUGACACACGCCGCAUCUUGUUGGAAGUGAUUUUGAAACACGUCUUGCGGGAGGGGUGGCAAGGCGAUCGCCAGCGAGGUGCUGGCUACGGUGGUCAUCAUGAUGAUAUUGAGGAUAGAAUCCGGGAGUACUUGGGCGGGUCUCGCCGUACGGAGGAUCGAAUGGGUUCCCGCCAUCAUGCUGGUUCUCGUCUUUUGGAACGGUUCCUGGACAUGAUUGAACAGGCACAGGAUAAUGGUCAAGACCAGGACCAAGACCUCGACCGGGUAUUGAUGCGCAUUGUCCUCGAGGCCCUUUUUGAAGAUGGUUUUAGUGACCGAAACCGCCGCGACAACGACAACCAGGAGUAUUCUGAAAUCAUGUCGAUGUUGGUUCGCCGCAUCAUGAUGCAUUUGCUCAACGAUGUUGAAUCCGCUCGGAUGGAGCUCGAAAUUCUCACUCACAUCAUGGGUCGCCCAGCUCGCCGAGGACGAAGUGAACGUCGGAGCGGAUGGGGUCUGAUGAACAUGAUCCGGGAACACCUUCGUGACUUUGACACCGAUACCCGCCGUCGGCUAACAGAGGACAACGACAUCAUUCGUACGAUUCUCCGCCUUCGGUCCGAUGAAGAAAUCAGAGACAGCGAAGAUCUGGAUGUGUUGAUUGUUCAGCUCCUGCGUAGUUGGUGCACGGACUAUUUGAGCGAGCACAAGGUGCGCGGAAACCGCCGCUUUCGCAACCUCAUCGAGUUUGUGCGCGAGCUCACUUCCAACCCCACCAACUAUAUGGAUGGCCAACAAGACUACGGACGCCGUCUCGGACGCGACAUUGAGGAAGCACUCCGCCUACAACAGCUCCUUGAAAGGCAAGGAAAAAGCCACUCUUGGACAGACAGGAAGUUCCGUGGUUCAAAGUACGAAGAUGAGUUUCAGCGUCGUGGAGAACGCAACUCCUGGUCAUCCGGAGACCUCAAAGAACAAUUGCGGCACCUCUUCGGCCGCACCAGUGGAUUCGGCUUGCAUGGCCGCGACCGAAUGCGCAACGACGGAAUCUACGACCGUUGGAUGUGAAUGGUCUAACUUGCCCUCUCCUGCAUCGCCUGAACGUAAAACGAUAGCAUUUGACUGUGAGAAUAAUCAACAAAUGGCAUACUGCGAGGAUGAGGGAGGUGACUGUCACAAGGAAAAGAAGGGUGAUUGCCAGGAGUGGAAAGGAGCUCACUGCCAUAACGAGAAAGGAGAUUGCGAGGAGUGGAAGGAAUGUUGAAUCGUUGUUGGGCAGGAUGGAACUUUCAUUAUCGGGAUGUUGUUCAGCUGGUUGUCAAUGUAUAGCGUUUUUUGCUUUUGGAUAUUCAGAACAUUUUGGGAGGGAGAAUAUACAUAUUGCAAUUGAAUCAUACGACGAAAUAUUGCCGCA